GUGUCAGAGACGAACCAAACACCUCAGUGACCACACAUUUUCUUUCGUAUUUAACUCGGUUUUCUGUGCGUUUGUAGUCAGUUAUUCUUUUACUCUUUACUCAGCACACCACAAGUUAAACGAGGUGAACUACCGAAAUAGUAGAGUUUCACUGGAGGAGCUUAAAUAGCGGCGAGGCUGAAUUUAGCUAACGAGUCAUGCUGCUGGUGGACCCUGGUCUGUACAUCGGCACUGCAGCUGACCUCAAUGACAGCCAGGCACUGGCCGAUGCAGCUGUCACUCACAUCCUGAGUGUGGACUCUGAGGACCCUGCCCCUCUUCUUCCUGCAGAUGGGGGCCUCUGCAAAAAGUGGGUCAAUGUUCUGGAUGAGGUGACCUCUGACCUCUUGAGUCACAUGGACGACUGCUUCCUGUUCAUUCAGGAGGCUCUGGAUGGAGGCGGGGCUGCACUUGUUCACUGCCAGGCCGGUCGGAGUCGCAGUGCCACCAUCAUUACUGCUUAUCUUAUGAAGAGAUACCAGCUGGGUUUCACUGAGGCUUACCACAGACUGAAGACUGUUAAACAGGAUGUACAGGUCAACAGUGGUUUUGAGGAGCAGCUGUGUUUGUAUGAGGCCCUGCACUGUGAAGUGGACUCCUCCAGUCCUCUAUACAAACAGUACAGACUGACCAAGCUCACUGAGAAGUACCCUGAGUUGCAGCAUGUUCCCAGGGAGCUGUUUGCCAUUGACCCUGCCCACUCCAGCUCCUCUGAGGUGUCCUAUCGUUGCAGGAAGUGCAGACGAACUCUGUUCCGUGGCUCCAGUAUUCUCAGUCAUCCAGUAGGAGAGGGAGCGCCAGCCUUUAGUCACAAGAAGUCCAGUAACCUCACAGGAGAUAUCCAGUGUACGUCUUACUUCAUUGAACCAGUGCAGUGGAUGGAACAGUCUUUACUUGGAGUGAUGGAUGGACAGCUGCUGUGUCCUAAGUGCAACUCUAAGCUGGGCUCAUUCAGCUGGUGUGGUGAUCAGUGUUCGUGUGGUCGCUGGGUCACUCCUGCCUUCCAGCUGCACAGAAACAGAGUGGACGAGAUUCGACAGCUCAACAUGAACAAAUAACACACACUCAUGCUCACACUCACUCGCUCACUCAUAAAUGCAUGUAGUCUUUGCAGGCAGGAAAAAAGAGCACACAGCUCAUCUACACACAUUUUAACAAGAAUUAUGUGACAGAAAUUUUCAAAUGUUGCAGUCCUCUUGCACCAGGUUAUAAAGACUCAUGCAGUACAGUACAGUGUCUUUGGGUGUUGACUGGUAGAUCAAAGAAAUAAAUAUUUCAGAAAAUUAACAUUAUUUUUUCAUAACUGCAAGAUUUGUUUGACAGUUUAUGUAAUUCAGCUCAUACAGACACUUGAGGCCUUUGCACACUGAGUCUAUUUAUUUCAUAUGCAUUUCUUUAAUCCGUCAUCUGGAAAAAAUAGUUACGUGCGGAAACCUUGCAUACUGAGUACGAUGCGUUUUAAUGUUCUGUUCGUUGUGAAAAUUUGCAGUAAGAAACAAAAUGUAAGGACACAGUGAGGAAUAAAAGAAUACCAUGUGACCCAUUCCUCCCCUGCCACAUUUUCUUCACUGCUUCCUGGUCAAACAACUCUCUAAAUCCAAGAAAACGCAGAAAAUUAAAUCUUUUCCGAAAAGUUUAAUGACGGACGAAAGUUUCAGAGUCUGUGUGUAAACGUGGUUGACACAACCUGAGGUCAUUCGUAGUUUUAGAUGUGCGACAAUUUGGAUGAAAAACACCAGACUCAAUGUGCAAAGACCUUUAUGUUUUGUCUGGUAUAACAAAUUUUCACAGUGAGUAGAAGAUAGAGGGCAUUGGAGUCAGUGUGCAGGGUUUCUGUUCGCAAUGAUUUGAUGGAUUAAAUAAAUACACAAAAAAAUGGACUAAAGGUCUUCGCUCACUGAGUACACUUUUGUAUGUUUAAAAUUAUUGCACAUCUAAGAAUACAUAGGGCCUCGUGAUGUGCCAGUGGAGUUUGCACACUGCCUCCAAAACCUUUGUCUGUCCUUAAAGUUUUCGAACAAGCAUCGUUUUUCUGCGCAGGGAGUUGUUUGACCAAGAAUAAGUGACAAAAAUAUGGCAGCGAGAGACAUGCGCAACAAGACAGAGGAACAGUAUCGUUUCAUAACUCAGACAGCCUAAUUACAACAGGUCAGACAGUUAUAUUCAGGUGACUGAUGAUGAAAAGGAGGAGGAUGUAGACCACAAACAGAGGACCACUCAGCCCCUUCAUGUAGCCACAGUGCCAAAUGUAAGAUGCAGGCAGAAGGUGGUGACAGACAGGGAGGUACCUCCUGUGAAGAGAAGCAAAGGGAGAAAAUAUGUCUUUACAUUUUGUCUCGUGCAAAUUUUUGCAACUUAAAGAACAAUGAAACAAAUUGCUCUUAGUGUGCAAGCAUACUGUGCCAACUUUUGUCUGAAGUUGGAUUUAAAAAAAAAAAAAGACAUACCAGAAAAUGGCCUCAGUGUGCAAAGACCUUUACCCUAGGGAAAAAAAGAUUGAAUUUCACAUCAAGUGUCACUUAAAACAAACUACAAUUUUUUACAGAAAUUGUUGCUGAAACGAUCAAUCAUUUAUUUGAUUAAUUAUUUAUACUAUAAUUCCUUAAAGUGUCUAUAAUAGAUAUUUUCAUAAUAAUAUGAAAGGGGUUGCUCGUGGUGAUGAACCUACCUUGACAUGCUACUCUUUUUUUUUUAAUCUGAGAGUAAGACAAAUGACUUUUCUGUAAUACACAAAAGUCAUGUAAAUAAAUGAAAAAUAAAAACAUAUUUGUAUAUUAAAAUAUAUGUCUGCUGCAGCAUUCUGUAAAUUAAUCUGAGAUUCUCCACAUGUGGAAGGUUAUUUGAGGGAUGUUUGUGUUUUAUUUGUGUGUUGGGGACACACAGCAGAUUGUUGAUCAGUUCAUAGAGUACGGCUUCUUCAUUUGGGGAAAAAGGCAGGUGGGGUCGUUUUCACCCACUACCCAGUGCGAGCAGAGACAAAUGCCAAAUUGCUACAAAGGAGGGAAGGAGGAGCACAGAUCUGGGAUUCUUUAAGAAUAUUUAAAGCUUAUUUAGAGGAUAACAAGAGGAAUUUGUACAUGACUUUAAAAAAAAUAAAGGAGAGGAGAAUGAGAGGAAAACAAAUUGAGAAGAGGGGAGGGAAGGAGAAUGCACUUUGUUGCAACUGAAUAUCAGCCUACUUUGUAGUUUGAGGGUAGAUUUGUUGGUUUACUAUUUGAGUUAUUCACAGAGAAGCAUUUUUUCUACUUGAGCUCCUGCCCUGCAAAAUGUCUGUGCAAGGCAUUGCGAUUAGGAGAGGAGUCUUCGGCCAGAUUAGAGUGAGAGCUUUGGGUUGAGGUUAGCUUGAGGUGGGGUUAGGGUUAGUGAUAGGAUUGGGCUAGUUUUCAUUAGGGUUAGAGUAAAUCACCAGGAAAUGAAUGUAAGCCGGUCUAAUUUCUCCAAAAGUGACCUGAGUAAACAUUUGUGUGUGUGUGUGUGUGUGUGCGUGUGUGUGUGUGCGUGUCCGUGUCCGUGUCCUGUUCUCUUUUGAACGAUGUUACUGUCACAUCAUCCAAAAUCGAGCAAGACAACUGACAUGUCAUUGAUGUCAUUGCACCUUUUUCUCUCUAAACAUGGCCCACUUGCUGUUUCUGUCACUGUCUAAAUUCUUGCCUCCUUGUUUCUAUAUUUUUCUAUUCACAUCCAACAGGAACUGUUGGUUUCAUCCAUGUAUUCUUAUCAUGUACUUUGGUUCCAACACAAAGUUCACAUCAGGAUUAGUUUAUGAAUUAAUAGGUAUUGAUGUAUUGUUCUGGACUCUAGUCUCUGACAUGCAAAUGUUAAUGAAACACAGACCACAUUGCUUGGCUGUACUUCAAAUGACAUCAUAUUUUCUAAAACUUUAGUCCAGAUGAACUCACUGGAUCCUGUGAAACAGAUUGAUUAAUACAAAAAGAAAAUAUCCACAUUUUUAUGUUGACUCAUCAUGUUCCCUCAAGGUCACUGUGAUCCAUUGUAUUGCUUUGGUUGGUAUAGAGGCAGAAUUACAACAGUUUUAAAUAGGACAGAAUACUCUACAGCUGCACAUUAUGAUCUGAGUCUAGGAUACCAGAUGCAUUUUACUGACCCUUUUAGAAGGGCUGAUGGUCUUGGCUUCAUCUAAAAUAAAAACUCAACCUCUAAGGCUUAAAACUAUUUUAUUAGAGAGCAUUAUAUCAUUCAAACUACUCAAAGUCCCUCGGUUGUGUUAUAUUGACUAAUGUCACACUUUACAGAAAUGGAUGAAACACUCAAAAGAAAGCAUCAAAUGUUGGUUGAGAAAUGAGGGGGGCAGUUUGGAAGUCCCAGGUGGUGGAAGGAGUACUCUGAUUUUUUGCUGAAGUAAAAGUGUCAACACCGCAGUGCAGGAAUUCUCUGUAUAUACUGUGUAUACUUUAAGUACCAAAAGUUAAAGUACUCAUCGUGCAUAAUUGCCUUAUUUAGAUUAAUACAGUAUAUUGCUGUAACUUAUUUAUUCAAACAGAACAUGUAUAAUUUAGAAAAUGUAAUGUACGGACAGAACCACUGCUGAUAAACUGAAACUUUCCAACAGAGUCUUUGUCAUGUUGUGAUUAGGCCCAGCCUAACAUUAUGUUAAGUAACAUAUGGGCGCCACAAGAUGGCAGAUAAACUCCAAGAAAACAUCAUCACCUUCUGCAGCUGCUUGAGAAAAGCUUCUUGGCACAUUGUGGUGGUUCUGCCCCCUCAGCCAGUGGAAGACUUUGAAUGUGAAGCAGAUGCAGGAAGUGUUGUGCUUGUAAAAGCAAACAGCAGGAUCAACAGAUAAACAUGGGAAACAUGAGAUAACAUCGAGGCUUCUCAGUAAGUGUAAUAAAAUUUCACACAGAUGCAUUUUAAAUGAUGCUGUGUCUCUUAUUCAGACCUCUUCAGUUGAGGCUUGAGCAGCUAUUUCACAUUUUACAGUUUUCUUAGACCAGGGGUCAACAAACUUUACUAUUAAAAGAGCCAUUACUGGCCAAAAAAGGAAAAAAAAUCUGUUUGGAGCUGCAAAACAUAUUUGAAUAAAGGUAACAGCCUAUUAAGUCAAAAUCGGCCCAUCAACAUUACCAGCAGGUCUAAAUGAGCAUUCAUUGAUAUGAUUUACUGCAAGCAGGCUUCUCUGCAGUGGGCUAAUUAUUGACUAAUUAUACACUGCAGUGUUGGUGGUAAAAGCAAAUGAAUCUGUCCACACACUACUAAAUCCUCUAUUUUCUUCCAAGACUUUUCCUUUUUGGAAUUGGAAUCCACAGCUAGCCUUGCUAGAGAGACUCCGGGCCACCGCAACUGAACUUCAGCAAAAUUUAGAGGAAAAGGCACCAGGUCGUAGACGUGUGACGCACAUUUUAGUUGAUGAAACGUUAAAACUUUUUUUAAUUCGAUGUGUAGGCUCCCAACAGUUGUAGAAUGGAAUAAUCACUCUAGGCCUACAACAAUGACAAAUAAAAAUCUGGAUGUUAAAAAAUAACUGUUAUUCAUUUCCAGAAAAUGUUAUGUCAAAGCUAUAGGGAGCCACUGGAGAGGGUCUACAGUAGUCUGAGUGGGCGGAAGUUUGCUGCAGAGAUCAGCCUCUCAUUGGGCGGAACGAGCCACCCGCUGAAGUCCCGCCCUACCACCUCCGGUUGUGUAGCAGUUUUCAACCGUUUUCAACACGUCCUUUACUAACUUUUGCAGUGUUUGAUCUUGCGGGGAUGUAGCCAUUUUUCUGCCAUGGUUUUGUGGGCGUGUUACACCAAAACCUGUUUCCCCCCGGCAAUAUUUUUGCAAGCGCACCGUUGCUGUGGCACCGCCCAGAACGAUUGUGAUUGGUUGAAAGAAGUACAAGCAGCCGGGGCGUUUUUUCGAUGGUAGUGCCCUCCCACCCCACCCUUUAGCAGGACAAUACACCAUGCCACUCCUCAAAAACUGCUCAAGAAUGGUCCAAAGAACAUGACAAAGAGCUCCAGGCAUUGACCUGGCAUUCAAAUUCCCCACAUCCCAAUCCAAUCAAGCAUCUGUGGGACAUGCCACCCCAGAAGUCCUGUUUCCAGGCCACGACAGGUCAGAGCCAAGUCCAAUCCACGGUGUGGCCUCUGACAUGUUGAGGGAUGGAUACAGGACCUCUUACAAAACUGUGAUUGUUUCACAACAUUAGAUAUGCACCCUCUGGCCUACUGGUAGGUGCAAUCUGCCCUGUCUGAAGCUUUAUAAUGGUAGUGAUAACAACUGAUAAGGGCCAUUAAAGGGUUGCACCUCCUAAUAUUGAGGGAUUUGUAACUCUUAUAGGACAUUCACUUAGAAUAUACUUUAUCAGUAUUAUCAGGAUUUGCUUAUUAUCAUCCUCUUUGGUUUGUUUGGUGGAGAGUUGUGGCUCAUGACAGCUUUUGAAGCUUUUCCAAUGUAAAAUAUGAAAAUGUGAAUUGUGAUAAUUAUUGAAACUGUAGCUCUUACCACUGCAAA